CCCCCCUUAGCCCUAAUGUUACACACUGAGUUUGGGAUCCCGCAGCCGCACCCCGAGUUCCUCGGCGGGAUUCGAACUCGCGUCCCCUCGGCUCCACCUUUCAGUCCUCCACGCCGCAAGGGGGCGCUGUUGCCGGUCCGGGAGGCGUUGCGACGCAAGAUGGCGGCGACGGGAUCGUGUUCAGGCCGCGCUGCCUUGUCCCGUUCUCGGCCUCCUCCCUCUCGAUUCCGGGGCUGUUUGUCCGGAGCUCUGCUCGGUGACUGCCUGGGAGCCGUGUUCGAGGGUCGGAGCGUGGUGAAGCUGCAGGAUUUGAUGAGCUUUCUAAGCGGCCUGGAGCCCACGGGCGGUGAGGGGGAGCCGGCAGGGAGCGCUCAGAGAGAAACUCUUACCUACACGGAUGACACGGCCAUGAGCCGGUCUGUGGUGCAAUCCCUGCUGGCCAAGAGGGAGUUUGAUGAAGUUGACAUGGCCAAGAGGUUUGCUGAGGAGUACAAGAAGGAACCCAACAGGGGCUAUGGGAUGGCUGUUGUCAAUGUCUUUAAGAAGCUGCUGAGCCCCAAGUGCACUGAUGUGUUUGAGCCAGCAAGAGCUCAAUUCAACGGGAAAGGCUCCUAUGGAAAUGGUGGUGCCAUGAGGGUUGCAGGCAUUCCUCUCACCUAUUCUGAUGUUCAGGAUGUUAAGAAGUUUGCAAAGCUCAGUGCUGAGUUAACCCAUGCCAACUCCUUGGGCUACAACGGGGCCAUCCUGCAGGCCCUGGCAGUGCAUCUCGCCUUGCAGGGAGAGCUCAGCAGGGAGACCUUCCUUGAGCAGCUCAUCAGCCACAUGGAGGAUGUAGAGGCGGAUGAUAAGUCUCUUACUGAUGCCAGAGCGCUGGGAUUUGAGGACUUACCGUUUUCAAGGCGUCUGAAGAAAAUAAAGGAAUUUCUGGAGCUCAGCAGCGUUCCCAAAGCGGAUGUAUUGUUUGAAUUAGGCAAUGGCAUCGCUGCUUUGAGGUCUGUCCCCACUGCCAUUUACUCCUUCCUGCGCUGUAUGGAAGCUGACCCAGAUAUUCCUGAACACUACAACAACCUGCAGAGGACCAUCAUCUACUGUAUCUCUCUGGGUGGUGAUACAGACACCAUUGCUACCAUGGCAGGAGCCAUUGCAGGGGCUUAUUACGGGGAAGAACAGAUACCCCUGAGUUGGGAGCAGAGCUGUGAAGCUUUUCAAGAGACACAGAAGAUGGCAAAUAGCUUACAUGAACUGUACUGCCAACGGCUCUGAAGGGAGUGCGUGUCUGGAAGGCAAAGUAGGUGAUUGCCUCUGCUUUUCUGGUCGUAAAGUUGGUGGUGGAUCCGUGCAGAUGCAGUGAGCCUCCAUCGAGGAGACACCUGCUGCUAUGAGAGGUGGAAGCACAAGCUGGGGUUGAAGAGAUGGGACAUGGCUGCAUGUGGUGCCUUGGACAGUGGGGGCAUCUCUGAAGUACAAGAGUGUCAGGUUUUCAUAAGAUUGCUGCUUGCUUUGUCCCACUCUUUUAUAACUGUGCCAUUUUGUCAUUCCUAAGUGGUGUCUGAAUCCACAGAUGUUUUGCUGCUUUCCUCUACUGCCGUGUCCUUCAUUUCCUUUGGUAGCAGCCUCUCAAGCAGCGGAUGCAUGUCCUUAAAACACUGACAAGUGUGAGUGCUUGUUCUCAACUGACAAGCAAAAGGAUCUGGGUGGGAGCCUUCAGAGAAGCACCCUAUGGGAGAGCCUGGAGGCCACCCUGUGUGGAGGGACAGGUUGCCUCCUCCAGUGUGGAGUGAGGAUGCUGCAGAUGAGCAGAGCUCACAAGGAGAUUGACUUCAUUAAAGGCAGAAUGGAAAGUGGCUGAGAUUGGAGAAGGGAUUGCUUUGCAUUUUGUGUUCCCUCGGAUAGCUGGCUCACAUUCCUGCAGCUACUCCAGCCAUUUCUUAGUUCCUAAUCCUCAUAUUCGUGUGUUUUUAAUUCUGUUCUGUUCUCACCAAGGGAGAUUGCUGUUUAAAUCUGUGCGUGGAGAAAGAUCAUGAAACGUAGUGUUAAGCAAGGACUGAAUUCUUGGGAAGGGUUAAAAGAAGAUGAAAAGACUGUUGGGAUUUGAAGCUGGUACCGUUGGGUAGGAAUAUUCCAGCACAGCUGUGUCGUUCCAGUUUUAAAUCUGAAACCUUCCCAAGGGAGCUGGUCAGAAAGGGAAUAAUAGCUUGUGUAUGGCACCUCUGAAGAGGGUUACAGGCUUCUAAUAAUUAAAACCAAAAGGGAAGAGGCAAGCAGUCGUCAUAUGAAAGUGUGUAUAGAUGUGAAUGUGGCAAUGUAACUCUCUGUUAUCUCUCUAAUUGUGACCCUGGGAUGUGGAUGUUGAGCACAAAUGGAGUUCUCUGCCUUUUGGUAACAGCACGUGGCUGCUGUGGGUUUCACACUGUGUGCACGUGUGGAAAACCUGGGUGUGUGGGGUCAUUCCAGACCUUCCUGCCUCUGCUUCCUUCGUGUGCCAGUCUUCUGCGUGGUGCUUUAAUGGGUUUUACUUGUUUAAAUGAAUAUCUUGUUCUGAGAUCACGUGGAAUUUUGCUCUCUCGUAUGUUUCUGUGUUGUGCUGCAGAUCUGAGGUGUAAAAUGUCAGAUUUUUCACAUUUUCCUGCCAGAGAUGUCAGAUUAUUCAUGGGGCUGUUUAAAAAAGAGGACGUUUUCCUGUUAUAGGAGCUGGAGAAUUUUAAAACGUUUGGAACUCAUGAAGGACAGAAGUUUCCUGUUUAAAAAAUAGAGCUUGUUUUAGGCCAGGAAUGAAACCCAGACUGAAACACUCAGCUCUGCCCCACAGCUGUGGUCUCCUCUGUCCCAUACCCACAGCUCUGGGGGGGGCGAGGAGGACAAAAGCAAAGCCAAGCCCAGCUUUGUACAAUAAGUUUUAUUGAUGGUUUGUCAAUACAAUCAAGUACUGCAGUUUUAGUUCCGAAGGCCAGUUUCUGAUCACCAAAAGAGUGCAUUUUAGACCAACUUUGACUAUGACAGUGCAUGUAAUAAGUAUUUACAAAACUAAAAACCUCUAAAUGCUAGGUUAGAAAUGGAGAUACUAGAGGCAAAUUUAAAAACAAAAAAACAAAAAAAAAUAGUAAAGAUUUGUAUAUAAAAACGCACAUUGUAAUGCAGUUUUCAUCAUUAAAAAUAGACAUACUUCAUCCAA